GCGCUGAUUUUCUAUCGAUAACGACGAUAAUUUGCAGUAACGGAACUUGUUUUUGUUGCAAAUCUCGAACUUUGCUCAAUAGGAAGUCAACAUGCAGGAAGUAGACAAGUGCAACGCAUCCUCCAGCGAUUGGAAUGUGUUAUACUGGAUUCUGGGGACCGUCUUGAUGCCCGUGGCUUUGCCACUGGCACUAAUAAAUGUGUGGCAGCGUAUGCGCGCACAUAAGUACCGAAACCAAUUACCGGGAAAGGUUGUGCUCAUCACUGGUGCUAGUUCCGGCGUGGGUGAAUCUUUGGCGCAUGUUUUCUAUCGCGCCGGCUGCAAAGUUAUAUUAGCGGCGCGUCGCGUAGAAGAACUGCAGCGCGUAAAAAGGGACUUAAUGGCCCUGGAUGUGCAACCUGCUUACCCCGCUACUGUGUUGGCACUGGAUCUAGCUGAGCUAAAUUCAAUUCCUGAAUUUGCUACGCGUGCUUUGGCGGUGCACAACCAAGUGGACAUACUGAUCAACAAUGGCGGUAUUAGCGUGCGUGCUGAUGUUGCUUCAACAACAGUCGAUGUGGAUCUCAAGGUUAUGUUAGUUAACUAUUUUGGUGCCGUGGCUCUUACUAAAGCUCUAUUACCAUCCAUGACAAAGCGACAGAAUGGCCACAUUUGCUUCGUCAGCUCGGUGCAGGGUAAAUUUGCAAUACCACAACGUGCGGCAUAUUCGGCAUCUAAACACGCGCUGCAAGCUUUUGCUGAUUCCUUGCGGGCUGAGGUAUUCAGCAAGCAGGUGUUCGUUUCCUGCAUAAGUCCUGGCUAUGUGCGAACGCAGAUGUCAAUUAAUGCUUUGACCGGAGCAGGAAAAAACUACGGCAAAAUGGAUCCAAGCACCGCGAAGGGUAUGUCGCCAGACAAACUUGCGGAGAGCAUUUUGCAAUGCAUUUUGCGCAAAGAGCCUGACAUCCUAAUAUGUGAUCUGCAGCCCAAAAUUGCCUACUAUCUGCGUCACUUCUGUCCCCGACUCUUCUUUUGGAUAAUGACCAAACGUGCCGCCAAAUUGGAGCAUCCAGGGGAAAAAAAUGAUUAAGCACAUUUUUAGUUCUAAGCAAACAGAAAAUUUGUAUUUGGUAUUAGUUUGCUUUUCAUUUGUUUGUUAAUCCAGUUUAGUUUACAUCAACAAAUAUUUAACGGAUUUGGGUCGUAUUUAACAUAUGUAAAAGAUUUAUGGAAAGGUGUAUAUUACAAUUGUGACAGUCAUAUUGAAA